AGAAGCAUAUUCACAAAGUUUCCCAAUCUUCCUAUCGCUUGGUUCGGCAUCCUGCCAUAUAUGCAUAUCAGAAAGCUUUUCCGCCGGGGGGAGUUUGUUGUAGGGGUGGCUGCCCCGACCCGUUUCCGCCCCGCACCCGUGCGGCGGGGCGGACCACCCCGUCCGCCAGAUGCGGGGGCGGGGUCACCCGCCCCGCAUCUGGCUCUCUGUCCGGGGGCGGGUGCGGGAUGGGGAUGACACCCGCCCCGCCCCGCAUAGUUACUGUUCAUAUAUAUAUUUAAAAAAAAAACUACGCUAGAAAUGAAAUCCCCGAUUCCCUCCCUCGCUCACUCAGACUCUCACUUCUCUCUGUCUCUGCCUCGGACUGCCUCCCAGUGACCCACCAGCUCCGCUCAUCUCUCCCUCUCUCUGAGUUUCCGGCGCCGCACCCAGCUACCAGCGUCUCCUUCAACGUCGCCGUGCGCAUCCGGUCCCUCUCUCUGCAUCUCCGUCACCGAAGAUCCGAAGUGUGUAGGAAGUUUGUGAAGUCUUGUAUCGGAGGCUAGUAUGCAGGCUUGUACCGGAUCUUCCCUGAUGGGUUCUCUCCAACAGCCCAUUUGGACCGAGCAAUCGAGAUUUCCUUCAAAAGGGUGUGGUGUUAUUGGAUUUUCACUCCAAGUAAAACUCAAUUUGGUGAAACCCUGUAGAUCUUCUUAUACUGAAGGAAGUUUGGUUACUGGAAAGCCGCCUUCUACUGUGUCUGUCACUAAAAGUGGAGGUAAUGGAAAUAGCUUUGUAGACCAUGGCUUGAGUGAAGCAGAUCCUGAAGUUCGUGCAAUCAUUGACAAGGAGAAGGGAAGGCAGUUCAGAAGCCUUGAGCUUAUUGCAUCCGAGAAUUUUACAUCUCGAGCAGUGAUGGAAGCAGUUGGCUCAUGCCUGACAAACAAAUACUCAGAAGGUCUACCUGGUAAAAGGUACUAUGGUGGCAAUGAGUACAUAGAUGAGCUUGAGACAUUGUGUCAACAAAGGGCUAUAGCAGCCUUUCAUGUAGAUGGGAAGAAUUGGGGUGUUAAUGUCCAACCUUUGUCUGGUUCGCCUGCUAACUUUGAGGUUUACACAGCAAUAUUAAAUCCACACGAUCGUUUAAUGGGCUUGGACUUACCCCAUGGGGGACAUUUGUCUCAUGGAUUCAUGACUCCUAAACGACGGGUGUCAGGCACAUCAAUUUAUUUUGAGUCUAUGCCUUAUCGACUUGAUGAAUCUACAGGUCUUGUUGAUUAUGACAUGCUGGAGAAAACAGCUAUUCUCUUUCGACCAAAACUCAUCAUUGCUGGUGCUAGUGCUUAUCCUCGAGAUUUUGACUAUCCCCGCAUGAGAAAGAUUGCAGAUGCUGUUGGUGCUUUUCUCAUGAUGGAUAUGGCUCACAUCAGUGGACUUGUUGCUGCAUCUGUUGUUGCUGAUCCUUUUGAGUAUUGCGACAUUGUGACCACCACAACACACAAAUCUUUGAGAGGCCCAAGAGGUGGCAUGAUCUUCUUCAAAAAGGAUCCUGUUCUUGGAGUUGAUUUAGAAUCUGCCAUCAACAAUGCUGUUUUUCCAGGUCUACAGGGAGGUCCUCAUAACCACACAAUUGGAGGACUUGCAGUUUGCUUGAAGCAUGCACAGUCCCCUGAGUUUAAGGCUUACCAGAACAAGGUGGUCUCUAAUUGUGGAGCUCUUGCUAGCCGAUUGAUUGAAUUAGGAUAUAAGUUGGUUUCUGGUGGGAGUGAUAAUCACCUGGUUCUUGUUGAUCUAAGGCCAUUAGGAAUUGAUGGUGCUCGGGCAGAGAAGAUUCUUGACUUGGCAUCUAUUACUCUAAAUAAAAACUCAGUGCCUGGUGAUAAGAGUGCACUAGUGCCGGGUGGCAUUCGCAUCGGAUCACCUGCUAUGACAACCAGAGGAUUCACAGAAAAAGAAUUUGCAGCAGUUGCAGACUUCAUUCAUGAGGGUGUGCAGAUAACUCUUGAAGCUAAGCGAUUAGUCUCUGGAUCAAAGCUCCAAGAUUUCAUGAAGUUUGUAGCAUCCCCUGACUUCUCUUUAAUGGACAAGGUGUCAGACCUGCGCAGGAGGGUUGAAGCUCUUACAACCCAGUUCCCUAUUCCUGGGGUAUGAGUCUUCAUCAUCAACAAUUACUUGUAUCGAAAUGAUAGUUAUAUUAUCAGAAAUAGCUUGCUAUGAUGUGGGUAUAAGUCAUCAAACAUAUUCCAUGUUUUGUAUGUAAGCACCUUCCUUUUUUGACAUUUACUGCUGAUGGAGACUGACCUAAAGUGCUAUUGGCACUACAAGUUUUGCUGCAUUUAUUUUAUGGUAUAUGUAACGAAUGAACGCUGCGACGUUUCUACAGUCGAAUUUAAAAUAUAAACAAACUCAUGAUGUUCUUGAUAA